AUGGAUGACUCUGCCUAUUUAACUCUUGUUGAAGUUUUAAAUCAAUCUCAUCUUGCAAAAAAAAUUCUUAAUUACAUUGGUAAUUUUAAAGAUAUUAAAAAUUUUGCACUUUCAAAUUUUUAUAUUUAUAAUGUUUUAAAAGGAAAACAUUUUAUUUACUCUAAAAAUAUCAUUGAUCCUACAUCUCCUAAUACUUAUUGGGAAAUACGUUUUAUGAAAUCUAAAAACAGAAGUUUAUCACCAUCUAGACUUAUACCAUGGGUCAAAAAACUUAUGGGUAUACGUGUUUCAACAUCAACUAUGACAGAACUAGAAAUUCCUUUUAUGGACAACAUGUUAAAAAUUGCACCAAUGAUGGCAUCUUAUGAACUUGUUUUUUCUAAUCUUAAAAAAUUUUCCUGGGACUAUAGUUAUUUCACUCUUGGUCAUUGUGAACCAGAAAUUAUACGUGCCAACAAUCUUAAAAUGGUUGAGCAUGUACUAGAAGGAGUAACAAAUGCAAACAAUCUUAAAUUUUUCCGUUUUCAUUUUUUUAAACCAAUUAAAGGUAACAAAAAAGGAAUAAAUCAAAAAUUUCUUGAAGAUCUUAUUGUAAUAUUUACAACAUAUUUACCUAACACUUUAACUAAGAUUGAAUUUGGAAAUUUUUAUACUUUUUCAGUUAACAUGAUGAAAAAUUUGAGUAAUCAUUUUGAAAAGUUAAUGCAUGCCACAUUUUUUCAAGUAACUUUUCAAAGUAAUGUUUCUUUUCAAAACUUUAGAAGUCUUAAAUAUCUUUAUUUACCUUGUUUUGAAAAAAAAAUUAUACCACCACCACAAUUGGGUGUACUUGUUGUUAGAUGUUGUAAUUAUCAAGCUAAAAUUGAAUAUGGAGAAUUUGAACUUGGAGAUGUUGAACCUAGUGAAAUUGAAUAUAACUGUCCAUGUCGCAAUAUUAAGGAGAAUUUUUCAUAUAUUAUAAAUCAUAACGUUGGAAUAAGUCUUUUUAGACUAACUGUUUAUUUUAAUAAUCCUAUUUAUCAUAAUUAUUAUGUUAAUAAUUUACCAGAUAAAAGAGAAAUGUACUUACCUGCUUUUGAUAAUUAUAAACUUCAUGAUGCUAAAACUUCUGAAGGAUUACUUAAAAUAAUAUGA